UAGUAGCUCCGUUAUUGCAAGAGUCUCAAGCCAGAGAAUUUCAAAAUGACAUCCGUUCAAGAGAGCAUUUACAACAACAAAGAAGCCGCUCCGACGAGGCUGUUCGGUCGGCUAAGGUCCAUUCAUGAAGCUCUUGGUGGUGGAGAAGUGGCAGAUAUCUUGUUAUGGAGAAAGCCAAAAGUGUCGGCAAUUCUUCUACUCGGCAUUACUAUCAUAUGGCUUUUAUUUGCGGUUAUUGAAUACAGUUUUGUAAGCCUUGUUUGUCACAUAUCCAUUACUACACUGCUCGUGUUCUUCAUUUGGUGCACUCUAGCAGAACUAUUUAACUGGAAAACUCCUGAGAUUCCAGAGAUCAUGAUACAGGAUUCAACAUUCAAAAAUGUAGCCACUAUGAUUCAUGCCAGAAUAAACUUAUGUUUGUCUAUGUUACUAGACAUUGCAUGUCGGGAGAAUAUUAUGUACUUCUUUAUGACAAUUGGAUGUUUGUUGAUGCUAUCAAUACUUGGCAACUACAUUUCCUCCAUAAAUCUUUUGUUCACAAGCUAUAUUUGUAUGCAACUAUUGCCAUUUCUAUAUGAGAAAUUUGAAGAUGAAGUAAAUUAUAUAAUUGGAGAAAUAUAUGGAGAAAUGAUGAAAUGGUACAAGAUGUUUGAUGAAAGCAUCCUUGGAAAAAAUUCCAAGAGGUCCAAACUAUGAUCGAAAAACAAGAUUAAAAGAAUGAUAAUUUGUUCAUUGUUAUCAAUUUCUAUAUUGCAAAGAUGAGUGCCUAUUGUAUCUCCUAAUUAAGAUAAAUUCACAAAACAUAUCCAGGGGCAUAAAGGAAAAAACACAUUAUUGUAUAAUGUAUAUAUCAAUAUCACAAAGUUUUAUA